CAACAUGGACACAAGGCCGUCUCCCACUUCAACUUUUGCUUCUGCUGCUUCGUUUUUCACCAUCGACUUCCUCAACCCCCAUCACUCCCCAUCAACGACUUCAGCUUCAACCCUCUCUCCCCAUCCGUCCAUCUCGGGACUCUGUCGACCCAUCUCGAAUCCCAUCUCCCAUCUCCCAUCUCCACCGCCAUGGCCGAGACACAGCUCCCAUCGGUCUUCCCCGACCUCGAUCCUUCGCUCGACGUUAUCGUUAAAAUCAUGCUCCUCGGCGAUCCGGCCGUCGGCAAGUCUGCCAUCUUCUCAAAAUUCAAGGAAACCCUCCCUCCUGCCUCGGCCCCACCUGCCGCGGUCGGUGUCUCGGGCCUUGACUUUGCCACAACAAUCCUCAGAAUCGCCCCACACGGAGGCCGGCUCAAGGCCCAGAUCGUCGAUUCUCCUGGCCAUGACCGAUACCGCUCCAUCCUUGCACAAUACUGGAAACUGGCGCACGGAGCCAUGGCCAUCUACGACGUCACCAACCGCGAAUCCUUCGAGAACGUCCAGCGCUGGAUCCACGACUUUAGCCGGUGUCGAUCCUCGCCCCACAGCCAAACGCAAUCGCUCGGCCGCGAGUCCCGCUCCAACAUCAUGAUCGUCGGCACCAAGUGCGACCGUGCCGAGGCUGACCGCCAGGUCGAGACCUCGGUCGCCCAGACCUUUGCCCUCGAGCACGGCCACCUGUUCAUGGAAGUCAGCGGCCUCGAUGGCACCAACAUCGAUCUGGCCUUCAACGUCCUCUUGACCGACAUUUACCACGCACUCGUCAAGGAGCGUCGGUUCCAGCAGCAGCAACUCCAGCAGCAGCUCCAGCAGCAGCUCCAGCAGCAGCCUAUCGAGCCUCACGCCGGCUGGUCUCCAACCUCUCGCAAGCGCACCUCCUUUUUGGACUUUGGCACCUUGGUCGCUGGCCUGGGCUCGGCCCUCUCGGUCUCGUCCAUCUCCCCAACGCCUUCGUCCUCGUCAACACCUUCGCCACAACCGUCCCCGGUGCUGUCGUUCACGUCGCUCCCGUCGUCCUCGGCAGCGACCGAGCCCGCCAGCACCGCUUCCCAUCAUCGCUCUGCGUCGCUGCCCAACGCGGCCUUUCACGCUCCCCGGGCUUCUCGGCUCGCCUUGGAUGGGCCGCCCUCACCGCCAGAGUCGCCCCAGCCCGCUCGCCACACCUUGCCCAGGGUCUCAAGCCUCCCAUCGUCACUGCGACAGCACGAUCUGCUCGAGUCGCGGUCGCCGCUGCCCCAACGCGCCUUGAAGCGCACUCGCUCAAUAUCCGAAUGGUUUGCCUGGGUCGGCGAUACCAUAACCGAGGGCAUCAGCACCAUCCUCGAGGAAGACGACCGUGAGCAUCCACAAGUACAAGCACCAGCACCAGUGCAAGUGCCGCCACAAACUCAUGCACAAGCUCACGUGUAUGUUUAGGCAUCUUAGAUCAAACUGCUGUGGCUCGUCAACUCUGCUUCGACAGCACUAACGACAAUGUCACGGCGCUCAAGCAGCGACAUUCUUGCUCACACGGCACAGCUCCCUCUGCUCUUGGUAGCGCCUGUGG